UUAUAUGACACGAUGGACUCUCAUGCACACAGUCUCGAGAGGAAGACGCACCGUCGCGGGAGGAAGCCCUCUCGUGAACACAGCGGCGAGCGGAUGCCCUCACGGCAGGGUAGAUCGCCGAGACCUAUAGACGCUUCUAAAAUUCGCAGUAGCAUAUCUCCAAGUCCAAGUCGCGAAGAAUCUUGGUCUCCAGGAUUGGAGAGAUUUCGGUCGGUAUCUCCGGGAUCACCACCUAGAUCUUGGAGAUCACCAUCUAAAUCCCAUUCUCCGCUGGGAUCUCGCGGCAACUCAAUGCUCAAGGCGAACAGUCCAAACUCCUAUUUCACCCACCAAAAGGUUUCAUCCGGAAGUUCAAAGGCUGUCACUGAAAUUAAUGAGGAGAAGCGGACCGACGAGGACGGAUGCAACUUGGACAACAGCAUGCAUGGUUUCUACAUCGCUCCUGCUUUCAUGGACAAGCUUGUACUUCACAUCACCAAAAACUUCAUGGCCGUGCCUAACAUCAGGGUUCCUUUGAUUUUGGGUAUCUGGGGAGGCAAAGGUCAGGGCAAAUUUUUCCAGUGUGAACUUGUCUUUGCCAAGAUGGGAAUCAAGCCCAUUAUGAUACGCGCCGGAGAACUGGAAAGUGGAAACACCGGUGAGCCCACAAAAUUGAUCAGGCAAAGGUAUUGCGAGGCGGCUAAUAUCAUCAAGAAGGGCAAGAUGUGCUGCCUCUUCAUCUACGAUGUCGAUGCCGGUGCCGGUAGGCUCAGUGGGAUUACUCAAUACACCGUGACCAACAAGAGGGUGAACGAUAUUCUCAUGAACAUCGUCCAGCUCCCCGGUAUGUACAGCAAGGAGAACCCCCGAGUCCCCAUCAUCGUCACCGGUGACAAUGAUGUCUCCACAUCGUAUGCCUAUGACCCUCUUAUCCGUGACGGUCGUAUGGAGAACUUCCACUGGGCACCAACUAACGAAGACCGCAUUGGUGCUUGCGAAGGUAUCUUUAGGGCCUACAAUGUUCCCGACCAAGACAUUGUCAAACUCGUCAACAACUUCCCCAACCAAUCUAUUCACUUUUUUGAUGCCCUUCAUGCUCAUGUCUUGGAUGACGAAGUAAGGAAGCUGAUCUGCAGUGUCGGAGUCGAAAACAUCGAGAAGCUCGUGAACUCAAAGGAGGGGCCCCCUACCUGCGAGCUGCCCAAGAUGACCCUCCAGAUGCUCCUCGAGCGCGGAACAUGCUUGUGCAGGAACCAGAGAAUGCGAAGAGAGUCCAGUAUAGCUAGCUGA